GAAAUGCAGUUAGUGUGCUUUUGGUAACACAAGAUAUCCAGUUUUUGUAAUAUUUUGGAAUUAAAAGUAAACUAGAUGAUAUGGCACCAACUCCAAAAAACUUAUUAUUAAAAGAGGAGAGAACCGCUAAUGAUGGAUGCGAUGAUACAGUCGUAAUAUCUGGAAUGGCGGGCAUAUUUCCAGAUUCCAAUAGUGUGAAGGACCUAUCAGAUAUUCUGUAUAACAAGAUAAACCCAGUAAACAACGAGAACAGCCGCUGGAAUUAUGACCACCCCGAAGUAGCACAGUACACGGGCAAAGUGCCUGGAAUUAAUUUAUUCGAUGCGCAGUUCUUCAAAGUGUUCUACCAUCUUGCCGAUAACAUGGAACCGAUGACCCGCAAGUUGUUAGAAAAGACAUUUGAAGCUAUUUAUGAUGCUGGUAUGUGCCCGGAAGAGCUUUCUGGAAAGAAAGUUGGUGUCUACAUCGGUAACGAAAAUUCUGCAACUGAACAAGUUAUCUGUGAAUGGAAUGAGGCAAAGUGUGGAAUCUCUUUAUUAGGGGUUUCUAAAACAAUGUAUGCCAACCGCAUCUCCUAUUGGUUAAAUGUGAAGGGUCCGUCUUUGGCCAUCAAUGAGUCCGGCUGCAGUUCCAUCAAAGCUAUAGAGCAAGGUUACCUCGCCAUCAAACACGGCGAGUGUGAAGCUGCCAUCGUCGGAGGAUCAUCACUUUGCUUGCAUCCUCAGUCAACCAUACAUUAUGGAAGAGCAACGAAGAUAAGUAUGGAUGGUAAAACGAAAUCCUUUGAUACUGAAGCUGGUGGCUGCGCUAUAUCUGAGGCAAUUGGUAUUCUAUUCCUUCAAAAAGCUAAAAAUGCUUUAAGAGUUUAUGCCGACGUUGUACAUGUGAAAAAUGAAUUUAUUUCACUUCCUCGAGAUAAAGCAGGUCCAAGAUUUGGUUUUUAUCGAGAUCCAGAAAACAUGGCCAACUUUAUAAGACAGUUUUAUGACGAAGCGAAAGUACUGCCACAAGCUAUUGAAUAUGUAGAAGCCUUUGGUUCAGCUGAACCGGAAGCUGAUAAAGCAGAACUAAAGGCAUUUGAAACAGUUUACUGUACCAACAGAAGUGAUCCUCUUUUAGUGGGCAGUGUUAUGUCAAACAUUGGAUAUGCCGAAGCUUCAUCGGGGAUAGCAGCGAUCACCAAGGUCCUUUUAGGGUAUCACCAUGGACAGCUCGCGGGCAAUUUGCACUGUGAUUCGCCAAGACAAGAUAUAGAUGCUUUGCGUAAUGGCCGUAUGCGCAUUGUUACCGAUCAUCAGACUUUUGGACGGACAUACACUGCUGUCAAUAAUAUCUCUCUGACUGGAAGUAAUGCUCAUGUCCUGUUAAAUGGCCAUUACAAACCUAAGGAUACUUCAAGGUAUAAGGCAAAUUUCCCGCAAUUGGUUACUCUAUCAGGCAGGCAAGAAUCAUCUGUUGAGAAGAUAAUUCAGGAUUUGAAAUCUCGUCCUAUUGAUCCAGAGGAAUUGGCCUUACUCCGUAAUAUUCACAAAACCAGAAUUUCUGGUCAUUUAGGAAGAGGAUUUAUUCUUCUUGAUACAAGUGAAAAUAACGAAACUGUAUGUCUACAUGAAAAGUUAAACUACUACGACGAUGCCAAGCGACCUCUGUGGUUCGUAUACAGCGGAAUGGGCUCCCAGUGGACUGGUAUGGGAGCUCAGCUCAUGAGGAUUCCUGUGUUUGCUGCGGCCAUUGAGAGAUGUCGGCGUGUCUUGGAACCCAAAGGAGUGGACAUUGUGCACAUAAUCACAUCUACAGACGAAACAAUCUUUGACAAUAUUCUCAACUCUUUCGUCGGAAUCGCUGCUAUUCAAAUUGGACUAACGGAAGUUUUACAUGAACUCAAAAUCUUUCCCGACAUGAUUAUUGGACACAGUGUGGGUGAGCUAGGCUGCGCAUACGCAGACGGGUGCUUUACCGCGGAGGAAAUGAUACUGUCUGCAUACAGCCGCGGUCUGGUCUCCGUGCAGACGCCUUUCAUACGUGGAUCUAUGGCUGCUGUCGGAGUUGGCUACCAACAGAUAUCUAAAUUGUGUCCACCAGAGAUCGAAGUAGCUUGCCACAAUGGUCCUAACUCCAGCACAAUAUCUGGACCCGCUGAUAUUAUGAAAGGAUUCGUGGCUCAGCUAACUGCGAAAGGAAUCUUCGCUAAAGAAGUACCGUGCUCCAACAUUGCAUAUCACUCGCGAUACAUAGCUAAUGCAGGUCCAGGCCUGCUCAAGUAUUUGAGUGAAGUGAUCAAAUUACCCAAAGCACGCAGUAAACGCUGGCUUUCUACAUCAGUGCCAGAAGAAAUGUGGGAUGACCCGAUUGCCAAAUAUUCAUCGGCAGAAUAUCACACGAACAAUUUGCUUAAUGCAGUACUUUUCGAAGAGACAUUAAGACACAUCCCAUCAAAUGCAGUGUUGGUGGAGAUAGCUCCGCACGGUCUCCUGCAGGCUAUCCUCAAGCGGGCUUUGCCUGAAUCCUGCAGACAUGUGCCACUGACAAGACGUGGACACCCCGACAAUGCACAGUUUCUAUUAGAAGCAAUUGGAGAUCUCUACAUGGCGGGGUAUAGCGCACAUGUGCAGGCGCUUUACCCGAAAGUAGAAUUUCCAGUUUCCACUGGAACACCGAUGCUAUCACAUUUAGUAGAAUGGGCACAUAAUGAAAAAUGGGGUGCGAUUUAUUAUGACAAUGCGGAUAGAAAAGUAUCAGCAUGUUGCACGCAUGUCCUAUCUGUCCACGACGACGAUCAUCGUUAUUUGACAGGACAUGUGGUAAGAGGAAAAAAUACGUACCCUUUUGCUGCUACCCUUGUAGCAGUUUGGGAUACACUAGCUAUGAUCCUAGGAUUGCCAAAGAAGCAAUUCUCAGUCCAGUUCCGCGACGUACACCUGCACUCGCAGCCCGCGCUGCACGACCAGACACAAUUGCGACUGACCGUAGCAAUACAUAGAGGGAACGGUCGCUUUGAGGUUAUGGACGACAAUAUUAAAGUCGUAACAGGUUUUGUUAUUGAUGAAUUAGACAAAAAGAUAAAAUCCUUCAAAGAAGAAGUCAAGUUUGAGGACGUUAUGGAAUUACAAUCAAAUGAUAUAUACCAAUUAUUGAAUGCUAGGGACUAUAAUUAUUGGAAUGACUUCCGUAGUAUUUAUAAUGCUAACACGACAUUUACAAAAGCUCAUCUAUUGUGGAAAGACAAUUGGGUUACAUUUAUUGAUGGGAUGAUCCAACUCAAUGCACUUAGGCGAUUUCAUGAAAGUGUUUCACAGCCUUACUUUAUUAGAAAAAUUGAAAUUGACGUAAAUGAUCAUAUUACCUUAAAUAAAACCUUGAUAGAUAACCAUAUUACAAUACCAGUGAACGUAUCUGAUGUCACCCAAAGCACCAGAUGUGCAGGCGUCAGCAUUGAGAAUUUGAAAUUUUACGACCUACCGUCGACGAAUAGGGAACGAAUCGCAUUAAAAACAUCAAAAUUUGUCCCCCACAACUCCACUAACGGUAUCAAUGAAGUUACUGCGAUGAAUGUAAUUAUGCAAAUACUUGCAGAAAAUUUAAAUAAAUGUAAUAUUAAUGCUGUUGAAGUAAUCGAAUACAAAGGUCAGACAAAAUUUAAAAAAAUUCUAAAUUACACUUAUGAUAUACCUGAACUAAAUAUUAACGUAUUACAAAUUUGUCGAGACGAUUUAACCAAAAAGUCUGAAGAUUUUUUUGAAGACAUUGAUGCACUAAUGGUGACGAAUUUAGCUGCUGAUGAUAAUAUGUGUCAAGUCCUUCAUCGCGUACUCAAACGAGAUACUUUCCUGAUUAAUCAAGAGGAAAGUAUUGAUUUGCCGAUCACUCGUCCGUCACUACUUUACCGCAGUGUGUGUGCCCACACGAUUGGGUCGUCACGUCUGGAACUUGAUAUAUGGCGCCCUUCUGAUAUCACUGUUGGAACGAGUGUUGUUACUAUGUUUUCUCAAGCUGACCUCACCCAACUUCAAGCUCAAUUAUCCACAUUGCCUCCAAGACAUAAACUUAUUAUACUAACGUUGGAUCCUCCACCUCCUGGAUUGAAAGAUCUUAUUAAAGAGUGGAGAAAUAAAGAUAAUCGUAAAAUUCAUCUUUUAAUUAAUAAACAUAAAGUAUUUGACGAACAAUGCCUGAAUCAAAUGCCGUUUAUAGAUUUGGCUACAAAUAUUUUUGAAAACGGCAUCUGGGGUGGAGAGUAUUGUUUUCCAAUUCAAAAAAAAAUAACUAUCGGCCAAGACAUGUCGUUGGAAUGGACGCGGUUAGGUGAUAUAGAUUCUUUGCAUUGGACAAAAGCAACCAAAGCCAGCAACAGCCAUCCAGGCAUUCCUGUGAAGGUUCAAUACGUAGGAUUAAAUGAUGUGUAUGUGAAAAAUGUAUUAGGAAAUGCUUUACGUAAUUACGGUACUGAUAACAAGACAUGGGUCGAAUAUGACUUCAGUGGUACUACGGAAAGCCAAGCCCGCGUGAUGGGUAUUGCUUAUGGACAGUCCAUCAGCACCAGUGUAAAAGCGAAUCCGGAAUUAUUGUGGCCCGUGCCCGAGCAUUGGACUCUGGAGGACGCUGCUACUGUUCCUCUAGCUUAUUGCCUGGCAUUUUACUGUCUUUGCUUCCGAAGUCGGCUAUACCAUGGUAACAGUAUUCUCGUGCAUGGAGGCGCCGGAGCUCUGGGUCAAGCGGUCAUAUCUAUUGCGCUGGCGUUUGGAUGUGAUAUUUACACUACAGUCAGUAAUAUCAAGAAGAAACAGUUUUUACUAAAGUUGUUCCCAGAACUAAAAGAGGAUCAUAUUGGUAAUUCCCGGGAUAGCUCUUUUAGAGAUAUGGUUCUAGAAGGUACCAGAGGAAAAGGUUGCCAUAUAGUCAUCAGUUCCGUUACGGCAGACCUACGAACCGCUUCACGCGAGUGUUGCUCAGCUUUCGGAUUUGUUGUCGACACAUCAGUAAUAAUGGAUAACGAAGAAGACAACUUUGAAAUGUUUUACUUAACCAAAUCUAGGUCUUAUUGCACGCAGCGGUUUUCCACGUUAUUCGAACCUCAAAACGCAAAAGAUUUAAAUAAGCUGCAACUAAUGGUGAGCGAAGGAAUCGCGCGUGGCUACGUCCGACCGCUAACACGCGUGGUGUACCCGGCUGCCGAGGCGGCACGCGCGGUGCGCUUGCAAGCCGGCAGCAAGCAUUACGGCAGAGUGCUGCUUCACGUGCAAGAUGAUACAUUGUACUGCACCGACACUAAAAUAAAUUGCUCUGCUGAUAGAUUGCAGCUUCUGUUGUUAGACGAUGAGGUUUUGGGAAUACGAUUGGCCGACAGGCUGAUAAGCCGCGGUGCUAAAGAACUUGUACUGCAUUGUCUCAGUAAGACAAACAGCAUAUUGUUUAAACUUAGGUCCUGGGAGAAACUAGGCGUUCAUUGUUCAGUGUUAUACGGAAAUGCUUGGAGUAAAAACAUUUUUGACUUAUUGAACAAAAAGAGCAUUGACGAAGUUGAAGGAAUAUAUUGCGUUUUAGAUUCAAAUACGCAAAGUGAAAAUAUUUUACAAAGCUUGGAAAUUUUAAAUUCUUCUAUUCGAACAUCGAGCAGUGCUCUAAGGUAUUUCGCAGUAAUUGAUUUUAGAAAAGAUGUAAGUGAGCGAAUAAACCUCACAGAACCUCAUGCAGUAUUUACGAUUAUCAAAUUACCGCCAUGGAUAGAAAUUGGAAAAAAAAUUGAUAGAGGCUUUAUUUCAAUAAAUAAUGCUGUUGAUGCUAUUGAAAAAGCGUUAUGCUCACAGCAACGCUAUGUAGAAGUGCAUCGCACGCGAAAUUCUAGUUGCAACAUAUUACAAGAAGUGGCUGAAGUAGCAGGUAAAAAUAUAGUAAUACCGCAUGAUGUUUCACAAGAAAUAACUCUGAAAGACUUGGGAAUGAAUGUUGCAAAAUCACAUAUUAUUCGGACUAGUUUGUAUGAAGAUUACAAUAUAUUACUAGACGAGAAUAUAAUACCAUUGUUAACAAUCAAAAAAAUACGAGAAUUAGAAGAUGGAAUGUUAUGGAAAGAUUUACCUGAAACAAAAGAUUUAACAACAUUCUUCUCAUACGUUGAACAAGAUGCUGUCGUAGCAACCACGGACAUAGUAAUAUUGCCAACAUUAACUACAAGUGCUAAUUUGAGAGCUGAUGAAUGCUACGUUAGACAAACGUUCAUGUGCAUAGUACCGGGCGUAGAAGGGUUACACCUGCGAUUCAGUGAAUUUAGUAAGCGGCUCAAGUUACCCGCACUCGUACUGCAGCCAGGCGUCGACAGACCUCAUGAGACUAUUCAAGAUAUAGCGCAAAGAUACAUUAAGAUUCUACAAAAAAAGACUCAACUGAAGGGGCGAUUUUAUCUUCUUGGGUAUGAAAGUGGAGUUUUGGUGGCGCUAGAAAUGGCUGCAAUUCUUGAAGACCAUGGGUUAACGGGGACAAUAUUCUGUAUCGGUGGUUCACCAAAAGAUGUUCAAGCUACAUUUGAAGAAAAAUUAGCUGAUUUUGAAACAGAAGAAUCAUUGCAAACUGCAGUAAUACGGCACAUGUUUGCUUUGUUGAUCAACGAUGACAACUUGGAAGACCUGGAUUGCGUGCUAAAGCGCAACUGUACUUGGACAGAAAAAAUAUAUUUGUGUGUGCAGAAACUUCUGGGACGCUUUAACCACUCGAUUCAGUAUGUUCAAGAGUGUAUUGAAGCGGCGUACGGGAGAAUACUACAAGUACGACGCUAUCAGUCAGACCCGCGUCCACUUCGUUCUCUCCUCAUAUCUAUUCGACCAUGGUCAUCUGCGUCACAUAAAGCUUCCUUACAAAAUCACUCGCAACAACAAGUAGUGGAGUACGAUUUGGAAACGCCUUUAGCUUUUACAACACAAGAUUUACGUUGUGCUUCCAUUGUGAACCGCCAUCUGGACAACGAUCUACUAAAAGAUUUUGAAAAGAAGAACUUGUGCGAAACUUACAUCAUCAGUCCUGAUAUCUUCGCAACCAUUGUUAAUUAAAUUAAUAGAAUAGCAUUAUAAUAUUUAUUAAUUAUAUCUACCCAUUUUAAUAUUAAAACACCACAGUAUUGUACUGUGACGAUGUGAUGUAAGGAUGUAAUAAAAAUUGAUGUGGUUAUAGA